AUGGUUGAACCCACAGCUUCUCUCUCUACUUUGAACCGCGCCGAUGGCUCGGCAUCUUACAAAUGCCCAGCUACCGGCUACGAUGUUCUGGGCUCCGUCAAUGCGCCCAUUGAGCUCCCAGCCCGCCGCGACGCCCUCAAGCCCGAGGAUGCGACCAUCGAAGUUUUCGUCAAGCCUGGAAAUACCACCGCCGGUGUCGGCGAGCGAUAUGUGGAGGGAAUUUUGCGCAGUGUGUUGACGGAGGUUGUCCUGGGCCGCGAAAGAGGAUAUCCUCGUCGAGGCGUGGUCAUCACGCUCGCUAUCGUUGGAGGUGGCAGUGUGGAGCGAGGUGACUCUUAUCUCACGGUCCUCCCCGCUCUCUUGCACACCUCUCUGCUCGCCCUUCUUUCCGCCUCUGUGCCCCUCGCCAUGACAUUCUCCUCGGCUCUGCUGGGGGUGACCAAGUCUGGUGACAUCGUUCGCGACCCCUCGGCAGCCGACGCAAAGGCCGCCUCCUCUCUCCACGUUUUGGCCUUCUCCUCCAAGGGCCACCUUUUGCUAAAUGAAAGCGAAGGAUGCUUCGACUUUGAUACCUGGGAAUUGAUUCGAGAGCGUGCAGUCUCCAUUUGCCGCGGAGCAGCAGUCUCUGGGACCGGCGAGGAUGUUGCAAUGGGUGAGCGCUCAAACGAUGCCCGCCUGGAUGGAUUCGUUCGUGAAACUGUGGAAGACCGCCUCCACGUUGACUACGCCUGGAAAAUCGAGUCCAACUGA